AUGGCUUCCGUCGACCCUUCCCUCCACGAUCCGCUCCUUGCGCUUCGCCGUGCGAUCGCAGCCGGUAGUCUUCCCACGCCAACCACCACCUCCGAUCUCUCAGAUGAGAAUGCGACCGAGGAUCUGGCCAAGGCUACCCAUCUGUACUUCCGCCAGCCAAUUCCGCAGACCAUUCCGCUGACGGCGCCGACGCGCUUCGUCUCCGCCUCGUCAGACUCCGCCGUCGAUCUCCGCAGCAUCUUCUUCGCUUGGCAGAAGAAAGACGUCGCAAUCCCCGAGUACAUCGCCUCGGCGCAGGAAUUGAACGAGUCGCUGAAGCAAAAGGAGCGCAAGGAAGGCGAGCCAGAGGAGAAGGUGCAGAAUCUGGUCUUCGUUGAGCGGCUGGAUCUCAUCACUUGGCUGGAAGGUGCCUCGGAUGAGAGCGAAUACAUCAAGCCCCUUGAGGGUGCGGCCGCCGCCGCACCCUCUGCGGCUCCGGCGGACGCGUCUGCGAUCGCUCCCGGGGCCGCAGGUGCUGUCUCUGCGGUUCCUGGUGCUGCUCAGGCGGCUGUAGCAGCUCCAGGUGGACGGGCGCCGAAGGUGAUUGAUCCCAGAUUACAGGAAAUUUACAACGGAGAACGGAAGAUGGGCGAUCGGAAUAGUGUCUUACGGGGGAUCAAGCCUACCGACUUCUCACACGUUCGCAAAGUAGCAGAGACCUUCCUCGGACGCAACCGCUCACGAACAGGGCAAUAUCCCCCCGGCGCGAAACCUGGAAGUAAGCCGCAGCCCGUCGUGCCCGCCCCGUCCGCGGGACUCACCCAGCCCCGAAAGAGCGGCAGCUCCAAGAACCAAGACCCGAUCAUCCUCCUCUCCCCCUCCGCCUCGUCUCUUAUCCGCAUGUCCAACGUCCGCUCCUUCCUGCAGGACGGCGUCUUCGUGCCGCCAGACCAUCCCACCCUCGCCAUGCCCAGCUCCUCCAACAACCUUCUCUACAUCUACCGCCCUCUCCGCUCAGAAGCCGGCUCCACCUCCACCUCUCGUCCAGUUGGGGCUUCCCAACCUGGAGCAGUCUCCAAGAAACCCACCCGCUUCAUCCUCGUCGACAGCACCGCCAACUUCCGCCCAGACUACUGGAACCGCCUCGUUGCCGUGUUCACGACGGGCCAAACCUGGCAGUUCAAGUCGUACAAGUGGACCUCCCCCCCGGAACUCUUCAAGCACGCCACAGGCAUCUACGUCGGCUGGCGCGGUGAAGACGUCCCCCGCGAAGUCCGCGGCUGGGGCCGCGGCGUGCAGAGCUUCGCCGUCGAGCGAUGGGACGAGAAAGGCGGCGUCCAUGGCGCCGGCCGCUGGCGCGAUCGCGAAGUCGUCGAGAAUAUCUGGACGGCCAUCGAAGAGGGCAUGAAAGCGAGAGGGUGGGGAGCCGGGUCGACGAAAUGA